AAAACAUUUUUUUAUAUAAGAAUUCAUUUUAAAAUCCUGUUUCAAAUCAUUUUACAUAAAUAUAUUUAUAUGAUUGUUUUCAUCUCAUCCGGUCUCUUCAGGCUGUACAAUUCAACUGUUUAACAAUAGUACGAAACACAUUAACAUUUUUUAUGUUAGUAGUGUUGUAUCUUGACAGUUACUACAAUAAUAGGUUUUUACAGUGUUUCGAACCUGAAAUGAUGAAGUGAAUAUCUUGAAACUGCAAUGCAGUCUCUGAUUUUCUAUUCUGAAUGCAGAGUUCCAGGCCAUUUUAGGGUUUAUAUUUGCAGAAAUAUAAUAUGUUUGUGUAUACUUGCUUUAAAAUAAAAAAAAAAAAUACAGUUCAUUUUUCACAGCCUUACAAUAAUCCCUUUAUUUGUGAGGAGGACGUCCUGUCGCAAGAGAGUGUGAGUGACGCUCUUCUGUCGACUGUCGCUGGUCUAGCUCCACACGUACCGUACCAUCACCCGAAGUGAAGGGAGCGGUUGGGGCCGGUUACUUUGGUUCUAUUCUGUGAAAAAAAAUACAUACUAACAUGACUUAUGUGACGUCGCAAAUUCUUACACACUGGACCUUUAAUCUUAACACACAUAGCAGCUUUCAUAUAUAUAUAUCAUCAAUAUGUAAAAAGAAAGACAAUGAAAUUGUCCAAUACUUUUUUAAUGUACAUCAAAAGACAGAAGUCAACCUUUAAUCACUUAACCUGGUCCCCAAGAAAGGGUUGGACCAGGAAACGGAACUCAGGAGGGGUGUGGCUAGAACAAGGAGGUUACGUGAAAUUUAAAGGUGCUGGGUGAGUGGGUGUGUCCAAGUACAGGCUUUUGGUCCAUCCAAGCUGGAGCAGCAAGUGGUGCUGAGGCAGAGCGGCGGGGCCCCGGUGGAUGAUGGAGUAGUCGUCUCCUGGUCAGCGCAGAAGGGGAUAUUAGCUCAUCUGAUAGCUCAGAUUAAGCUCAGGGAGCUUUAGGAGCAAACACGCUGCUUUUCAUUGUGUGCUCGGAACAGACAAGGACCACCAGCGCCAUGAGAGCUGUCCAAUACUGUCUGCUGCUCCUCAUUGCCCUGGUCCUGCUACCAAACAACAGUGAGGCUCUGCGGUGUUUUACCUGCAUGGGCUCCAAUAACGAAGACUGCAACCAGCAAGGGUCAAAAUCCUGUCCCAGUUACUCUGAUGCCUGUGCCGUGGUGUUGGGCCAUGACAGUGGAGUGAUGAAGUCGUGCUCCUACAAGUCAUUCUGCAGUCAGGCUAACAGCCAGGGCUACAGAGCGCCGGGCGUCAGAGUUCACUGCUGCUACAGUGACGACUGCAAUGUGACGAGCUUCGCCUCCCGGCGGACGGGACUCAGCUCUCUGCUGCUGUUUCUGCCUCUGCUGUCCCUCUGCUUUCUCAAGUAGACACACGGCACCAGUACCAGCGUAACAGACCCACACACCUGCAACACACACACACACACAGACUCACUUGUCAUUUCGUCAAACAAUUCCAAUUAACGCUGCAUUUCCAACUUUCUUCACCGUCCUUCUCCACUCAACGCACACCUGGAGUAGCAGAGGAUGAUGCACCAGGUGUGACUGCAUGGAUUAUGAGCACUGGAUUGAAUCCAUUUAGCGGUGCUCAAGUAGAUGCGACUUUCAUUGGAUUUCAACUAAGCCAAUAAGUAACCGAUCCUGGGGGAAGUGUUUGAAAUAACAGGCGGACACGAUUUAUUUUUGGCUUCCUUCAUUAAAGAGGAGAUGAGGUUCAAGUUCAUUAUGUUCGUUCGUUUCACCACGAGGGUGUGAUUCUCAGCGGUUACACAACAGUAACAUCAGGACUGUGUUAACGAUUGUCUUUCUGGGUACGCUUUAUAUCACAGCACAGGAACAACACAGUAAUAGUACGGUAAUCAUUAAGAUAAAAGGCCAUCUUAGGAUGAUGCAUUAUCCAGCUUGGUAAUAACAAUGUAAAUAGUGUGGUUAUAAAGAAAUAUCACAGUCGUGUUCAAAAUUGAAAAUAUACAGUGUUUAACAAAUUUAGCAGACCAUAAAAACAUAAAUAUUAUAGAAAUCUUUUUUUAAAAAAAAACAACA